GGUCCUAAAAAAUUAGCCAUAAAGACGAAAUCUCCAGAUCUCUAAAAAUAAAAAAAAUAAAUCAAAAAUAAAAAAACCCUAAAAAUUCAAAUAAAAAAUCAACCUUUUUAGGGUUUCUUGACCCGAUCUUCAAUGUUCGAAAUCUGGUUUUGAUUGCAAUUGUGAUCUUUUUAAAAAUCAAAAUCAAGAAUUUUAGGUUUUUUUUUUUUGAAUUUUUUGUUAGGGUUUGUCUGAAUAAUGAACGACCAGCCACCGGCGACGAUCAUGAACCAGCAGCCACCGCAAUUGAUGAGUCAGGCACCGCCUAUUCCGGUCAUGAAUCCGGUACAACCUACUCCUCCGCCGAUUUCUAUUCAGUCACAGAUGUUGAGUCACAGUCAAGCCAUGAAUCAACCACAGCCGUUGAUGAUGAUGAACCAGAGACCGUACAAGAAGUUUCAAAAUCAGCAGCAGAAUCCGUUGAAGUUCAAUAACAAUUUUGUCCCUUCGAAGCCUCGAAGCAGCAGCAACAACAACAACUGGAAGGGUAAAAAUGUCAACAACAACAAAAGAAUGGAGAAUUCCAAUAAUAACCCUGCCUUAUCCGGUGGUGGAGGGUAUAAGCCGCCGAGCUUGAAUGAUUUGCAAACACAAAACAGAAUGAAAGCGCGGAAAUAUUAUCAUCCAAAGAAGAAAUUUAAUAACCGUUUUGCGCCUUAUGCGCCGAGGAAUACGACGUCGUUUAUUAUCCGUGCGAAAAAGUCUGGUGGGAUCGCGUCGUUGGUUUCGCCGUGUCCGGUGACUCCGGCGGUGUUGCCGACUCCGAUAUUUUCGCCGUCGAGGGAGGUGUUGGGGGAUAUGGCGAAGGAGGAGUGGGGUGUUGAUGGGUAUGGAUCGAUGAAGGGGUUGAUUAGGUUGAGAUCGCCGGGGAACGAAGCCAAUGAGGAUGAGGAAGAUGAAGAGGGAAAUGGAUCGAGUGAGAGUGAUGUAGAGGAGCAUGUGGAAGUGGAGAGGAGAUUGGAUCAUGAUUUGAGUAGGUUUGAGAUGAUUUAUCCGAGCGGCGGAGGAGGGGAGUAUAGUUAUAAUAAUGUUUUGGAGAAUAGGGUUGAUGAUCAGGACACCCACAUAGCGCAAUUGGAAGAGGAGAAUUUGACUUUGAAAGAAAGAUUGUUUUUGAUGGAGAGGGAGUUGGGGGAUUUGAGGAGGAGGUUGCAGUUUUUAGAGAGGCAGCAGCAUCAUCAUCAUGGGCAGAGCAGUAGUGCUAUGGUUGUGGAGGAUGUCAAUGAGGAGGUUGUGGAGAAUGUUUCGGAGAAUGAGAGUGAUGGAGUAUCUGAUAUUGGUGGGAAUACCGGAGGCGACGGUAACGAGGAGGUGAUGGAGUAUGUAGGUGGAAAUGGAGAGAGAAGGAAUGUUAGAGAUGGUGGUAAGGAGGAGAGCAAUGAUGUUUGUAUGGAAGAGAAUGUACCUGAUGAUCACGUUAUUGUGAAGCAUAAGGUUAAGGAUGAGAAGGCAACUAGUGGAUAUGUAGGAGAUGAUGAAGUUGUAGGAAAUGACGCAGUGAUUAUUAAGGAAAAUGAAGUUAAGGGUGGAGAAAGAGGAGACUGGUUUGUACCUACUGAUGCGGAAACGGGGAAGGAUGAUGGAGCAAAGGAUGAAGAAAGGGGAAUUGAAGUUUUACUAGACAGGCUGGUUGCAAAGGAGGAGGAGGAGCCUGUCCAAGGGUGAUUAUGAUAUUGGUGACAACAGGAUUGUGCUAGACAAUUGUUUCAAAGAAGGAAGUCCAUUGAUGAACAAUUGAACUUAGAGAAGAGCAUUGGCGGUGGUGACUAAUCCUUUGUCCCGCGUUAAUGAGAUCUGAAACUUGUGAGCCUGAAGAGUUCACCCUCCAAAAUCCCAGAUUGAUAUGACAUUUAGCUAUAAAAAUUAUACAUGAUUGAGUGAUUUCCGUGACUUGAUAGUGGAUGCUAGUUUUAUCUCCUUACGAUUCCAGACAUGAAUAGAAGUAGAAUACCAGCUGUUGGAGAUUUCAAUAAGACUUCCCUAUCUGAGAGUACCUGAUUAACACUUUACAAUUUGAGAAUGCUGGCAGAUUUCGUUGCAGGGUUGCUCUUGGAACUUUGCUUAUCAGUGCUAAACUUUUACCUGUGAUGCCUACAACUAUUGCUGCUAAUUGUGGUCCGGUAACUGUUGGAGUGACAACCAGUGGCCAAAAUUGGAAAGUAAAUGGUCUCUAAAAUGCUCUGUCUCUUGGUAUUUCUGUUACAGGAUUGUUCAGAGAGGGCUGUAGUGCAACAUGUUGCAUGAGAACAUAAAGUAUCUCACCAUAUCACCAUAUGCGGUUAAUGCAGGUGUGUGAAGUAGCAUGCUGAUGUUGCUUUCACACAAGUGAUUGUGCUGGUGGAUGAUGCAGAAAAUCGUGGACUUGAUGAUGCUAAUGAGCUUGACAGUAAGUUUUGACUUGCAAAUGAGGUGGGUUGGAAUCUGGUGCAUUUGUGGGUGAUUUUUGUCUAUAAGUUCAUUAUCUCUUCAUAUUGCAUUUGAAUAUUGUAUUGAAAGAAUGGGACGAUGACCUUGGAUGAAUCUUUUCCCAAACUGUCAGUUGUUAGAAUGAGUUUCAAAAUUUGUUAUAUUACUUGAUUGACUAGGUUUGUUUCCUUUUGAAUUUAAAGAAUGCGAAACGCACCUAGUGACAUUUUAACAUAUUCUGGCCUGAUUAUAUUUAUUUUUUUGGGACUUUUUGUGGAGGUAAAUAAUUUGACUCUCUAACUGGCCACACAGACCAGCUACCAAUCCACCCAACAGUGGAUUGAUUGCCUGAUCAGACCGAGUCAUGGCUUAUGCAUGUCUAUCUUUCAGUUGCAUAACUUGGUCUUUUGUCUGUCAACGAGGAUGAUUCCAAUCAUUGGUGCAAGUGAGAACAUUCUUGAGCUGAAACUGAUUCAUCCCCAUGGGAUUUUAAAGAGGGGGGUGAGUAGGGGACAUGGUGCUCAGCCAAGGAAGCAGAGUGAUUGAUGGUAUCAGUCACUCUGCAGCAGCAGCAGCAUCCUAUGCAGCGGCCAAUUUGCAAUAAGCCUUUGUCCGGCGAAUGCUGUUAUUGACCUGAACACGGAAUGCUACCGAGGAUAUGAUUUCAGUGAUACGUCGAUCAGCAUCCAGGAGAUGAGGUUUAUGAGAACAUGACACUUUGGUCUCUCUCCAUCUUCCUUAUCCCGUGUUCCUGCAUUCUCCCGCCCGACAUGAAGCUAUGCCAACCAUUGUUUGUCUGCCGCAUUAGGUUUAUUAUUGAUGCAAUUCCAUUAGUUGAAUCUCGACAGAAUUCGUUCUCAUGGUUCAUGGUAAUACUUGCACGUGUUUGUAAUCUAGUCAUGAAUUGAGUGAGCAUCAUUCAAAUUACAGGACUAACACUUGUUUCCUGUGUGGUUGACCCCUGAAAGGCAGCCUCCAAGAUGGAUGUUUGUGGUGGUGGGAUUAGCCUUGCUAAAUGCUUUAAGCUCAUCUCAAUUUGUCCUCUAAUUUGGAUAUGAAUUUAUGUGGGUGACGUUGAAACCGGGUCGAUGUCAACUGGCCAUGUGGUUCUUGCACAUCCUUAAAUGGUUAAUGGUGAUGUCCGAGUGGAAGUCCUCCACUGGUGAUGCUGACCAUGAUCUCCACCCGUGUUAAAGAUUGCUGCUGAGGAUAAGGCAAUGUGUCACGCAUGCAACAAUGCCUUCAGGGUAUGGGUUUUGCCGUCAGCUCACGCGUUGCCUUCCUUGUUGUCAUUUGUAUUUACGUUUACUUUUUGACAGACGAAUUUUCCAAAGUGGAAUAGAAACCUAUUAUUUAUUCCUUCCUUC